AUGACUCUGGGGGGUCAGCGUGUCGAGUCGAGUUUAGAGUCCGGCUCUAGAUCCGAUCGGGAAGCUUCUGGGAGCACAAGUUCUUCUCCUGAGGUGUCUUCGAGAUCCGACACUCAAUCAGAUAGAGGAGAGUCUCCACUGGUCAAAUUGGCGGAUCGAGUCCGUUCUGACGGGGCGUCUCUGCGAAGUGAAACUACGGAUCUUCAAAUAGUUCCUUUUGAGGAAGAUCCACGUGAUGGCGAGGCUACGGAGCACGCCGAGGAAGAGGUUGAUGAAAGAGGCGAGGAAGAAGAUGAACAGGGUGAGGAAGUUAGAACUCGAAGAAGAGGUUCCAAGCGAAAAGGAGCUAUCACCCGCAUUACAAACGGUAGGCUCGAUGUCAUCGCUAGCUGGAGGAGAGAAAAUCUUCUAAGGGAGAGAGCGAUUGCAUUGGCUCCAAUUCAGGUGAACGCACCCAGUCUUGCUGCACGUCUUAAGGCUAAAAGGAGCGAGAAGAAGGAUCAACAGGCUUCUGCCUCUCGGUCUGAACAUUCGGAUCGAAUACAGAUAGUUCAGAAAGAUGCUGAGGUCGUUCCUCAGCAUGAUGCAAACCUCGAGGGCGAGAUCGAGACCCAGGUCGCUGACCACAACCUCGGACUCGACGCUCAAAAUCAAGAGGAGAGUCAUCAGGAGGAGGAAGCGUCAGACGAAGCGGCGAGGUCGGCGAGGAAGGCAGAGAAGAAGCAGAGGAAGAAGAAGGAUAAGAAGAGGAAGGAGAAGAAGGACGAAGCUGAAGCUGUUCGUUUGGUUCAGCAGAAGGAGAAGGAGGAGGUCGCCAAGUCUAAGGCGAGUGGAAAAAGGAAGGAGCCUUCCGCUAGAGAAGAGAGGGACGGAGGUCGGGUUAGUGGCGAGGAUGCGACUAAACGAGCGAGGGUUGCUCCGUCCGGCGAUGACAGGGUCAAAGAGGUCGACAGGAGCUUCUCGUUUGAGUACCCCGAGUCGAGCAGACCAUUCGUCAACAAUGCUGACAAGUGUGCGGAGCUCUUCGGGAAAAUAAGGGGAUCUACUACCGAGGUUCCUGCUGUCUCCGAUGUGGCUUUCAAGGAAAUGGCGAGCUUCGCCUUCAAGUUUAUUGCGAGCUGCAAUCGCACAAGGGGCCAAUACAUAUGCAUGCUUCAGAAUGCCGCGACUCGACUGAAGAAUGCCCAGACUGCAGGUCAGAGGGCGGUGGACGAAUGCCGCCAUUGCUCAGCGGAGGAUUGCCGAAGACAAUUGGCAAACCAUGAAGAGAAAAGCGGAGCAGCUGGAUGCCGGGGUGAAGGAGUUGACCGAGAAGAUCGAGACGAUGAGAUCGAAGCCGAGAGGUCAAUUGCUACCGAGGUUGUUCGCGCAAAGCGUCACGCCGAAGAGAAGAUCGAGAUGGAAACCACUCGAAUCUGGGCGGAAGCUGAAGCUAAGUAUUCAGGUCGCAUCGGCCGGCUGAGGACUCGUAUUUCCGAACAAGAGGCGAUUGAGCAGGUGAAGCUCGAUCUCGUUCAAGCUCGAGGUACUCUGGAGUGCCUCGAUCUUUUGAAGGAGCAAGAGAUGUCUGAUGCGGAAUUGAAAGCCGAACUUGAAGCAACGAAACGCGAUUACGAGCUGAAGCUGGAGAACCUCAGUCUAACUGAUCUCGAGGAGGGUGAUUUGCUCCCGCCUUUCCCUGAAACUCCGGAUGGUGGUUCGGACCAUGACGACGCCGAAGAUCGGGAAGAUCACGAGGAUGGCACUCAGCCUGAAGAGUAG